AACCAAAACAACAACAUGCCACCCAAGAAGAAAACCAAGAACAACAGCAACAUCACAAAGAACAACAACAACAACCCAACAGAAGACCAAGAAGAACAACAGCUGAACCAUGAGAAAGCAUUAACAGAACAACAACCACAAACAGCAAUAUCAAGAACCAAGACGACAGACCUCACCCAGAAAGUGGCCAGAUUACUCUCCCAAGAACCGGCAUCCUCCCAUCCUCUCACAACCAACAAGACCUCGAAUAAUGGAUUCAUCUUGUCGAAUACUCUCAACCCGACGAUCCCUCUGCUCAAUCACGCAGAUCUCAACCAUCAAUUAAACUCAUUAAUCGACCAGAAACUCGAGAUCUUCAAUGAGAAAAUCAAGCUUUAUCAGAACCAAAUCUCCCAGCUUCGUAGAGAGCUCGAGACGAAAGAUCAGUUGUUGGAUGAGUUGCAGAAGAUUCGCCAAACCGAUGCUGAACAUUUGCUGGAGAAACACAAGCAAAUAGCGGAAUCGAAAUAUGCAGGUUAUGAGAAGUUAACGAAAGCGCAAGACGAGACGAUCAAGAGUCUCCGACAAAAAGUGAUCGAUGUGAACGGGAAGCUGAGUCGAGUGUAUAGUGGCGAAGAAGAGCGCGACAGACAAAGACUAGAGGAAGAAAAAGAGGCCUUGGUCCAGACCAAUCAACAACUGAAAGCCGCCCAUGAUGCGCAGAGAAAGCGGCGGAAGGAGGCCGAACGGGCCGCCCAACAGGCGAGUCUGUUGGCCGAAGAAAACGUGCAGGAACAGCUCAAGGAAGCUAAUGAUGAAGUCAAAACCCUGAAGAAAAUGUUAAACGCGGAAACAGAGAACUCGAAAGCCCUGAUCGUCCAACUCAACCAACUCCGAAACAACAACAACAACCACAACCACAACAACCACUCAACAUCUGCCCAUCCCAACCAACAACGCACCAACCAUCCGAAUCAUUCGUCGAGUAAUAAUCAUCAACAACAGUUGCUGAAUAAUGAGAAGACGAUCGAGGAUCUCAAACGCAGAUUGUCGAUCAUGGGCGACUUCACCGGGCUCGAAAUCUUGAGCUCUCAGCCUGAUCAUAAAGGCCCGAUCUUCGAAUGUAUCGUUGCUGAUAUACUCAAUCGAGGCUUCGCGUUACAUUUCAAGCUACAAGUCCAUCCAGAUGAGACCUGUUCAUUCAGUCCAUCCUUAGACCCUGAACGGGACUCGGCAACGAUCAAAGUGGUCCCCGACUUCCUGCGCCAAUUCAUCCGAUUCGAGUCCAAGGCUCGUUCGCACAUCUAUUGGAAACUCUUCCAAGCUUUCAAUCUCCAAGAUACUUAAUCUCAUCUCCUCCCCCUCAUCAUCUUUUUUUUUUCUAUUGGAUUGUAUUACUCAUUCUUAUAAACAUAUUCUCUUCAACAAACUUAAAAUCAUGGAUCUUCUUGUUUAUGCUUAUACAAUAUUUAGUCACCCUCAUCCCUUCCUUAAC